UUUUUUAAGGCAGGUUGCACGUAAAAAAUGUUCAAAAAUAUUGUGGAAUGAAAAUAGCAUAAUUAACCGUUUAAUAUGGCUGAAAUUAAGGAUAUACCGCGUGAAUUAAAGGCCAAUGAGGAUGAUAAAUGCAAUAUUGAUAAGAAUAGUAAAAAUAAUACAUUAAAAAAUGUAAAAAGAAAAAUUCGCAAAACUUUUCAAAGGAAAUUCAGUGAUGAAGAGAAGCCCAAAUAUAAUAAUGCAAUUAAUGAUGAAAAGAGUGAUAAAGUGGACAUUAAUAAUGAGGAAAACAUAGAGAAAGGAAAAUUCACCCUUAAAAAGAUCUUUAGGAAAUCAUCAUUUCGCAAAAUCAUUGCAAACAUCCAGCAAAUUACAAAUUUUACCCCAAACAAUGCCAAAAAUGAUCGGGUACCGCCUUUGAAUAAUUAUGUCUACUUGCCAGCCGACUCCAUUCCAGGAGUUAUGGGCAUUAGAAAUCAUGGAAAUACGUGCUUCAUGAAUGCAGUUUUGCAAUGUCUAAGUCACACAGACAUUUUAGCCGAAUAUUUUGUCCUUGAUCAAUAUAAGGCCGAUUUACGAAAGCGAAAUAAAAUCAAUUCAAGGAAAUUCGGAACUAAAGGUGAAUUAACAGAACAACUUGCCUUAGUGCUGAAAGCAUUAUGGACAUGUAAAGAUCCAUCGGAUUAUAGCACGACAUUUAAGGAUGUUGUUGAGCGCUAUGGAUCACAAUUUAAGAAUUCCACGCAACAUGAUGCUCAGGAAUUUUUGUUUUGGUUGCUUGACAAAGUUCACGAGGAUUUAAAUACAGCAACGAAGAGAAAGUAUAAAAUCAUAAAGAAUAAUUAUGGACGAUCAGAUGAGAUUGUUGCUGCUGAGACUUUGGCGAAUUAUAUGAGAUGUAAUAACUCAUUUGUUCAAGCAGUUUUUCGUGCGCAAUUCCGUUCGUCGUUGACAUGUCCACGUUGUCAUAAGCAAAGCAACACAUUUGAUCCAUUUCAUUGUGUCUCAGUACAGUUGCCUCAACUAACAUUACAGUCAGUCAAUGUUAAUGUCGUUUAUAAUGUUAAAACACCAAAACAAGUUCGUAUGUCACUAAGUGUAUCUCAAGGAUCAUCUGUUUUAGCACUAAGGGAGCAAUUACAUGCCGAUACUGGCAUCGAAUCAAAACGUAUGAUUCUCACAGAAUGUACGUCGUCUGGAUUUAAUAGAUUAUUCUGUGACUCACAUCCUUUAUCGAAUGUGAAGAGUGACGAUACUGUAUACUGCAUUGAGCUGCCCGAAAAAGUCGAAGACUCACAGGUUGCAUUAUGUUUUGUGAACGUAAACGUCAAGGAAAGUCCUAGCAAACGAUUCGGUUCUUUAUUCUGCAUGAAAAUCAAUCGAGAUGUCUCAUUUAUCGAGCUCCAAAAAGCUCUAUUGAAAGAAAUGUCAUCGGUGCUAAAACCUGAAACAUUCAGUUACUCAACACCAAUUAAUGAAAUGUUUAAGCUUCAUCUACAGGAAGGAUCAGCAGAUCCAAAUACGUAUCUUGAAUCUAAAUUUGAACAUCCACUUCUUACUGACAUGGUUGAUUUAGCAUUAUCAGUUCAUCCAUCAGAUUCAGGUCCACAACAUAUAAAAUUAUCAUUAGAAUGGACAGAGCCUGACAAAUAUUUCUCUGAUAUGGAGGAUAAUAUCGUUGAGCACGGAAGUGUAAAGGAAGAGAAAGAAAUUUCACCAGAAAGUAGUCAACUUACAUUAGAGCAUUGUCUUGAUCAUUAUACAAAAGCAGAAACAUUAAGUACUGAAGACGCUUGGCGUUGUCCAAAUUGCCAAAAAUAUUUACCAGUUGUUAAGACAUUAGGCCUUUGGUCCUUACCUGAUAUUUUAGUUAUUCAUUUUAAGCGAUUCCGUCAACAGCAGUUAAAAGGAUCUCAAGUAUCAAAGCUCACAACAAUGGUUAAAUUUCCACUAACUGGAUUCGACAUGUCAACUUGGCAUCUCGCCAACGACGGUAAUCAUUGUAAUAGCAACAGUAGUAAUAAUAGCAAUUGUGGAAGUCUAUCGCGUAAAUCCACAAAAUCAGCGAGCAAAUCAGGAACAUUAACGAAAACAUUUUUACAUGAGGACCAUAAAUAUGAUUUAUAUGCUGUCUGUUAUCAUCAAGGUGAUACAUUAGAGACAGGACAUUAUACAGCAGCAUGUAAGAAUCCAUAUGAUCAGCAAUGGUAUAAAUUUGAUGAUCAACGAGUGUCACACAUAAAACCUGAAGAAGUGCCAGAAAAAAUUGUUAAUAAUGAAGCUUAUAUGUUAUUUUAUCAACGACGAAAAGCAAAUGAAAAUUCCGAUAGUUCCGGUGCCAGUACAAGCUCUGGUGAGCAUUGGGUAUCGAAAAUUGUUACAGCACCGCCGUCCACAAUUCCAAUAUCAACGACAACUAAUGAUUUAAAAGUGGAAGAAAUAAAUGAGAUCAGUGCAGAAGCAGAACCAAUAAUUAUAGACACAGAAAACGGAGAGGAAAGUAAGCAAUUAGAAGCAAUUUUAAAUCUCGAUGAUAUAAAGGCAAUUGACAGUGACGACAUUCCAGAAGUUACGUCAUGUAGUGAGUUAAUUAAUCAAGCGAGUGAUGGAGAGAUUGAGGAUAAGAUAGAAAUUACUGAGCAUUCCAUAAAAGUUGAGAAUAAUGAAAACAGUAGCAUAAGUAGCAUCAGUGGUAAUGACGAUGUCGAUGAAAAGGUUAAAGAAGAGAAUGUAAAUGAAGUUAUGGUUAACGGCAAUCAUAAUAAUAAUAAUGUCGAUGACUAUGAUGAGGAAAGAAUUAUCGAACAAAAGAUUGAAGUGAAAGUCGAAAUUUACACAAGUUCACCGCCUUCAGAGAAGCACCAUCACAAUGGCUUCCAUAAAAUUGAUGAAGAGAAGGAAAUCAUUAGAAAUGAGCGCGAUAAGAUUGAGGAUUUAAUGUCGCAACAUAAAAUUAGCAAUUUACUAUGGAAUGAUCAGAAUAAUAAUACGAGCAAUCGACAUAGCGAUAUUGGAGCAAUAAAAAUAUCCGAUUUACUAUUAAUGGAUCGAAUUGACGACAUUUCAUCAACAUCGUUACCCAAAAAUUAUAUGCUGCAUGAUACGGAUAGAAUAACGGCUGCGACAGCUACAAAUAAGGAUUACCGAAUAAGAGGUGUAAGUUCGUGUAGUAAAGAUACACUUUUGUACAUAGAUCAGCAAAGUUUAUUAGAUGAUGACUCAUUACUUGAGAAUCGAUCGCAUUGGAUCUCUCCCGUGACUCCUCAUAAAUUAAUUACAGUUUCUCCAAAAAAUUAAAAACAAGCAUACAAACAAAAAGUUCAUUAACUCUAGUAAAUAAAAAUUCAAUUAUUCAUCUUGGAAAAAGUCAAACAAAAACACAUUAAACCUGCAUUUAUUAUCACAAAGAGAAUAGAUUGUAGAUGAACAAUUAGACGUUGGAAGGACAAUGGAAUCGAUUGCCUUUCGUCUCAUUUUUUUACUUUACUAUUCAGAGUUGCUAUCGAUGGCAUUUUUUGUCGUGAGGAGUGAAAUUUUACUGUAUUAUGAGGCAUAUUAAUAGUUAAGAAUUGACUGCAUAGUAAUUUGCUAGAUUAAGUGACUGAAUAGAGCUUGUAAUCAAUUUGUGAAAUAGAUAAAUUACUGGAUGACGACUUCUAUAGUUCAUAGUACAAAUGAUGUUUAUUAUUUCGCUUGAAAAUGUAAUUUUAAUGAUCGUUUUGUAGGAAGUGGAGGUAGAUUAUCUUUUACUAAGAAAAAUCAAAUAAGGGUUAUUCUCUAGAAUAUACAACGAUUUUUUGAAAUUCAAAUAAUAACGGCUGAAGAAUCUUUGAAAAUUAUGUAAAUCUGUUUUAACUUUUAUUUUUUUUGAAUUCUGAAAAACCGUUGAAAACCGUCGAUGAUCAUGCAAUUUCAGUCACUUAACAAGCAAGAAAGGAACUGAAUGAAUAGAAUAUAGCAACUCUGAACUUUUAAUUCAUAUUAUACUAAAGCAAACAACUGUCCAAUUUUUCUAAUAGACUUGAUGCAAGAAAAUUUAAAAACAAAAAAACAUUUUCAAUCAGGAUUUUUUGAGGAUAUUAUUUAUUGUAUAAAUUCCUUUUAUAUCAACUCCUAGUUCUACAGUUAAUUCAAGACAUAAUGAGAGAAAAAUGAAGUCUUUUAAACCAAUUUGAUAUUUUACAAAGUGGAAAAGAGGAAAUUUUUUUAUUAUAACUGAAAGAAAUUUUUAAAAAAAUUAAUAAUAUACUGUUAAAUAUUUAAAUUAUUUUAUUAAAAAGAAGAAUCGAAGAAAAGUUCACGUAAUUGUGAUGCAAUUUAAAAAAAAAGAAUAUUUUAAAAUUUUGUUAUUUCGUUUAUAUUGGCGGCUAAAGAUUGAUAAGCAUAAGAAAGUAUGUAGCUAGUAGGUUAGAUUAAAAUUGAAACAUAAGCCAUUCACAAAUUAAAAACAAAGUUGAAUCAAAUUAAAAUGAAAAAAAAAAUAAUAAAAUCUUAAAUUAAUCAAAAAAAUGUUCGAAGGAAAACCUCAAUGAGAAUAAUGUAUAGAUUAAAUUAUUUAAUAUGAUUAAAUGCAUUCCUUUUUAAUAUUAUUAUUACAAUUAAUUAAGCAGAGACACAUGUUAUGUUACCGCAUUAAAUAUGCUUUUUAAACUCUUCAUUUAUUUUCUUAUAAAUUAUUUUCUAUCAGUAAGCUGACUAGCACCUAUCUUAUUCUUAAAUCUAAGUUUUAUUGUGCAAUUAUUUUGCAUUAAAAACAUAUUUUUAUGUGUAUUAAUUAAUUUAUUUCAAGAGCAUGGAUUUUAUGUGAAUAUUUAAAAGAUAUUGAGAAAAAUAAAGCAAAAAAACAAUUUAAAAAGAGAA